CGGCGGCGUCCGCGUGCGGGGUGCAGUGUGAGGGCAAUGGAGUACAUGAAGGGACCCGCCGUCAGUAGCCAGGGCAACAUCCUGUGCUGCCAGUGUGGCGUUCUUAUCCCUCCGAAUCCUGCCAACAUGUGUGUGGCAUGCUUACGAACCCAAGUAGACAUUAGUGAAGGAAUUCCGAAACAAGUCUCGGUUCAUUUCUGCAAACAGUGUGAAAGGUAUCUUCAGCCACCAGCAACUUGGGUGCAGUGUGCCUUAGAAUCUAGGGAACUUCUUACUUUAUGUUUGAAAAAAAUCAAGGCCUCUUUAAGCAAGGUACGGUUGAUAGAAGCAGGCUUUGUUUGGACAGAACCGCACUCCAAAAGGCUUAAAGUUAAGCUGACUAUACAAAAAGAGGUGAUGAAUGGAGCAAUUCUUCAGCAGGUGUUUGUGGUGGAGUAUAUUGUCCAGGCUCAGAUGUGUGAUGACUGCCACAGAGUUGAAGCUAAGGAUUUCUGGAAAGCUGUAGUUCAAGUCAGACAAAAGACCCUGCACAAAAAGACCUUCUUUUAUCUGGAGCAGUUGAUUUUAAAGCACAGAGUCCAUCAAAAUUCACUUCGCAUCAAAGAAAUUCACGAUGGGUUGGAUUUCUAUUACGGUUCAAAGCAACAUGCCCAGAAAAUGGUUGACUUUCUGCAGUGCACUGUUCCUUCAAGAUUCAAAGCCUCUCAACGACUGAUUUCUCAUGAUAUCCAUAGUAACACCUACAAUUACAAAAGCACUUUCUCUGUGGAAAUUGUUCCAAUAUGCAAGGACAAUGUUGUCUGUCUGUCUCCAAAACUGGCACAAAGCUUGGGAAAUAUGAGCCAAAUAUGUGUUUGCAUUCGUGUAACCAGUACUAUUCACCUCAUUGAUCCUAAUACUUUGCAAAUUGCAGAUAUUGAUGGAAACACUUACUGGCGUCAUCCCUUCAAUAGUUUAUGCCACCCAAAGCAACUGGAGGAGUUUAUUGUAAUGGAAUGCAGUAUGGUCCGAGACCAAAAGCAUGGUGCAGGUGCUGGGAUGAGAUCCAAUAAGCACACCCUUGCGGAAGUCUGGGUUCAAAAAACAUCGGAGAUGAAUACAGAUAAUCAGUAUUUCUGCCGCACUCACCUGGGACAUCUGUUAAAUCCUGGAGACCUGGUGUUGGGGUUUGAUUUGGCCAACUGCAACUUAAAUGAUGAAUUUGCAAAUAAGAUGAACCCCAAUCAUGUGCCUGAUGUGGUGUUAAUUAAGAAGCGUUAUGACCGCACUAAACGGCAGCGUCGGAGGAACUGGAAGUUGAAGGAACUUGAAAGGGACAGAGAGGGCAUGGAUACAGAUGAUGAAAGGCAGUACCAGGAUUUCCUUGAAGAUCUUGAAGAAGAUGAGGCGAUUAGAAGGAACGUCAAUAUUUAUAAAAACUUGGAAAUCCCAGUGGAGAGUGACACAGAUGACGAAGGGGCCCCUCGCAUCAGUCUGGCUGAGAUGCUUGAGGAUCUCCACAUCUCUCAUGAUGCUACUGGUGGAGAGGGAGCAGAGAUGAUGUCCUAAUGAAGCUGCUGCAAUUAUAAUCUCUUGCUGUUCAAAAGAAAAAAACACGAAAUAAACCAUUUAAAGAGGUGA